AUGUUCUCCAGACUUGCUUAUGGUUGCCAGGGUUUGCAUAUUCAAAAUUGCAACUCUUUAUUGUCCCCAAAUUAACUCAUUUUGCUGAUAAAAUAACUGGCUAUUUUAUUGUUUUAAGUCAACACCAGGUAGGAGGCUGUGAGAAGCGGCGGGAGGACAGCUCGGGCACUGGCAGGGGCGGAGACGUCACCCGGUGGGACUCCGGGUUACCAGUCGCCAGCCACCCACAACGACGAAGGAAGUAAUGGCCGCGAGAGGGCGGCGACCGUGCAGGGCCCUCAGGCUCCGCGGGCCUGAGACUCCGUGACAUCAACUCUCGCCACCAGGUAAACCCGGUUCGCGGCGGUGAGGACGCAUUGACCUGCGAGGAGCCUCUCCCCGGAAAAAGAAGAACCUUCUAUUGGUUUUGUUCCAGACCAGACUGGGCCUCAGUUGUCAGAGAUGGUGCUGGUGGUGUGUCCAACACAGGAGCCAAAUUGUUCCUAGAUCAGAAUGAUGACAGUAGAUCUGAAGGUGGGUUGCAGACCAUGAGCUGGGAAAGGAGGCAGUGCUCUUGGGAGAAACAGCAGAGGCCCUAGGCUUCAAGCUGAAGCCAGCAGAGGCCCAGCAAGUGGGCAUGUCCCAGGAUGAAGAAUUUUGGAAUACACACCAGAGUCUACAAGAGCUGCUGAUCAGGAAUACCCACAAAGAAACUGAGCCCAUAUGUGAGAGGGCGGUGCCUGCUCACCGGAUCCUAGCCUUUCCUGAACAGACAAACACCAAAGACUGGCCAGUGGCACCCGAGCUCAUCUUGCCUGAGUCCCAGAGCUUGUUGACAUUUGAAGAAGUGGCCAUAUAUUUUUCCCAGGAAGAAUGGGAGUUACUGGAUCCUACUCAGAAGGCCCUCUACAAUGAUGUAAUGCAAGAAAACUAUGAGACUGUCAUCUCUCUAGCAUUAUUUGUGCUCCCCAAAACUAAAGUGAUCUGCUGCUUAGAGCAAGGGGAAGAGCCAUGGGUUCAAGGAUCCCCAGUGUUCAAAGACAGUCCCGGAGAGCUGUUUUCAGAGAUAAAGAUGAAAAAUGACACUGAAAAUCAUCAACCUAUAUGUUUUUCUGACUUAGAAAUACAAGCACCAGGAGGCAUAGUAUCAAAAAAAGCCAGUGUGAAUGUUCAUCAGAAAACAAUGGGCAAAGAAAAUCAUGGUGAUAUGCAUAGGGUGGGGAAAUGGCACCAAGAUUUUCCAGUGAAGGAAAGAAAGAAAUUUUCAAACUGGUGGGAAGAAGAGCUGCUGAAACUUAUCGAGCUUCACAAGAAAGAACGUGCAGGAGAGAAGCCUUUUAAAUGUCAGGAAUGUGGGAAAAGCUUCAGAGUUAGCUCUGACCUUAUUAAGCACCAAAGAAUUCACACUGAAGAGAAACCAUAUAAAUGUGAACAGUGUGAUAAGAGGUUUAGAUGGAGGUCAGAUCUUAAUAAGCACUUAACAACACACCAAGGAGUAAAGCCAUAUAAAUGCUCAUGGUGUGGGAAAAGCUUCAGUCAAAAUUCACAUCUCCACACACACCAAAGAACUCACACUGGAGAGAAGCCCUUUACAUGUCAUCAAUGUGGAAAAAAAUUCAGUCAAAAUUCCCACCUUAUUAAACACCGGAGAACCCACCUGUAGCACAUGCAGGAGAAGCUUCAGUAAGUGCUCAAGACUUUGACACCAGAAACCUUGACACCAGUGAAGGAAAGCUUGUUCAGUGUCCUUAGUCUACAGACAUAUACCAAGCGGCGCUUGACCCUAAAGUUUAUGAAAAAAUGCAAAAUUAAGAAGCAUGAAGAAUUUUUCACCAGUGGAAAAUUUGGAGAUGUAAACGUCAUGUUUCACAGAAAGAAAUCAGGGUUGACUGUGGAGGGGAAACGUUAAUAGUUGUACUACUUACUGUUUUUACUUAGAACUUUCACUGAAUUCCUUAGCAAAAAAAGUGUUCUAAGAAUAUUCUGAGUAAGGGAAAAAGCGGGUUUGGGAUUGUACCUGGCAAAAUAGCAAAAUCAGCUUGAAAAUAGCAGAUGCAGUCAUGAAUCAUCAGUCUUCUGUGGUCCUCCCCAGCCACUCUUAAGCACAUAUGAUAGAAACAUUUGUAGCAUGGUCUUCCAAAACAAAAAGCAGUAAUAUACAUGUUUCAUUGCAUACCAUUGUCUUCCAGUUAGCAGACUUACAAAUUUCAGUAGUCUCAUGAGGUAGAAAUGAAUUCUAAUGUAAAGUUUUCCAAGAACCAAAUUGGAUUUUCUUACUCUUUUGUCAUUGGACAGUGUUCACAAAGUUGACCUGGUUCUGAGUUCCUUCUUGAACAUUUUAGCAACUAUAUCUCUUGAGUCCUGUUAGCACAGUUUUUACUGUGAUGAAAUCAUUUACUUCACUGUUAGAGAAUUUGCCAGGUGAACUAAUAAUGCACUAUCAUUGCCUCUCAUUUGUGGUGUUUGAAAAAAGGAGAAUAUCUCUAAUGAGAUCAUGUGGACAUGGGUUGGAAUUUUUAGCCAUUCGGUAUAUUUUAGAUGAAAAGAAGAAUUUUCUGCAAUUAAAUGGACUCCUUACCUCACAAUGCCAAUUGGAUAAAACAACCAUAAACAUGAGCACUUUUCUGAAGCUCAUGGAAAUUAAUGGGAAUUCAGGAUCAACUUCUCAGGUUUUUGUCUGUUUGUAUUUUAACUUGGCUUUUGUUUCUUACUAAGAACAAUAAGAAAGUUAUGUUUGUCUGGGAACUGAAGUGUAUGCAGUAGGGAGGAUCCUGUGGGUCACUGGGAAUGGUGCUCUGGGAAUUCAGUGAGCAGGAGACCCAAGUUCCCAAAAGGAAAGGUUUGGGAACUGAUGUUGAGUGGUAGGCAAGGAUAGGUGAACCUUCAUCUGCCUUGGUUGACUUACACUGUAAACUGUAAACAGGCAGCGUCUUCCAGUUUCUGUUUUCUCCAGCAUAGCAUAGAACGCCAAAAAGCUCUAUGGGCUGUGGAUUUUCUUAUAACACCUACAGCAGUGUUUCAGAUGUGUUCCUGUUAGAGCUUUUCAGGUAGUAUUAGGAAAGAGGUUAAAUGAUCUCUUACAAAUCUCUUAUAAAAAGGGAAGUUAGGUUCAAAGAGAUCCAGAGGCUUGUUAAGACCCCAUAGCUAGUGGGUCUGUUGGCUGUCACUUAGCUGCAUCAGUCAGGCCUGAGGGCAGGAUUAGCAGGACUGAUCUCUAUGUUGUCCCUGCCCAGCCAGCCUGGAUGACACUGUAUCGUAUCUAUUUCUAUUUCUAGCUUGUAAAACAUUCCUGUUUCUUGACUGGUUACUGAAACACUCUUAAAUCUCCAGUUUCCUUAUGAAAUAGAGAUAACACUCAACUCAGGGUUUUUUGGGGGAUUACAGGGGUUGAUGAAGGAAAAGCACCUAACGGCCUGGGCAAUAGCAGGGUCUCAGUCAGUGUGCGUGUCCUUCCCUUUCCCCUGGUCCCCAGUGGUAUGUUGGGUGGACUGACUACAUUCAAGGAGCAGAUGCAUUUGUGGCUGUUGCAGCUCCUUCCAGGAGCUGAGCACUCGUGGUGGUGGUUUGCUCGGUUGAUUUGGUCCUUGGCUUCAGUGCUUUAUGGUGUAAGUCACCUGAGGUUUUGGUCUGCCGCUGUCAGCAGGAUUUCAUUUUCUUCUCUAAGAUGAUCUGUACCAGUAUACCAAUGUGCUUAUUUCUUAAGCUCAGCCAGCUGUGCAGCUCUGGUCUGCAUAGCUCUUACCCAACAGUCUCAGCCUUACACCCCUGGGACUGUUUCUUCUCCCAAGAUAUACAUGUGGAUUUCUUGCUGACACUGCAUUGAUUCAUUCAAGUUAAUGAGGGCCUAUUAUGUGCCCAGGUAGUCUUCUAAACUAAGGAUAUAGUAGUGGACAAGGAGACAAAAUGCAUAUCCUCAUGGAGCUUGUAUCCUAGUGAACAGUAAGAAGGGAGUGGUUAGACUUUUUUCUCCUUGCAGUUAGCAUACUGAGAUAGUUUUGAGCAAUGGGUGUGCGCAAAAGUUUCCCUUCUCGGUGCAGGACUCUCUAGUGCUGUCUUUUCCUGCCUCAGUCAUAUAAGCACAUAGAGAGGAGUCACAAGAUCAGAACAGUCUGGAAUGCCGAGCCCCUCACAUUGGGGAGGGGUAUCUAUUCUGGAGAGUCCCCCAGACCUAUAAUGGACUGUAGGAAUGAGAAAUAAACUUUCGUUGUGUUAAAUCA